CAGGUUCUUGCCAACCUUUUUAAAAAUUCGUCGGAUGUUUCUAAAGUUUGAGAAUGAAUGUGGUCCGAGUUGCAGGCUGAAAAGUGAUGAGACUUUUUAUUAACAAUUAUAAAUCGGAUAAAUCAUGGUAUCACAUGUGAAAAUGCCCAGGUCAGACAGUGGAUGAGUCAUUUGUUAAGGAAGGAGUAUUGGAAGGAGAAAGGUGGCAUCUCUUGAAGGAGUGUGUGAUGAAAAAUAAAAGUCAACAUUCUGAGCACUUUAUUAUUAUAAAUACAGUUGGCCUACUAGCUACUACUGCUAGUAGUACACGAUUAAGUUAUGGCUUACAGAUAUUACAAACUUAUAUUGAGGCAUGUUGUCAAUAGGCCUCACUGGAAUCUGAUGCAGAACAUUGAAUUGUCUUCAAAUAAUGUUGUAUGUAAACCAGCAACCAAAGCAUUACAACAAGUUGCAAAUGUACCACCUUUUUGCUUCCAUGCCAGAUGUUACAGGGUCUAUAAUAAUACAGGGCAGAAUAAGCUGUAUAAGCAUUUAAAAUAUUCAGGAUACAACAAUAUAAAUAAAUUAUAUUACCAUACCCCACCAAAAAUUUCCCCCAAGCAAGCAACAAAAAUAUUGCAAUUGAAUGAAUCCAGUCAUCAGUUUCUUGAUGCUAAUGAAGUUGUGAAAGGUUUCCACAGUAACCAGUUAGAGGCAAACCACCCAAUAGAGGACAGACGAGCCCAAGCUCGGUGUAAACUCACACCUGGUCUGCUAUUUGGUGUAUUUGAUGGCCACGCUGGUCCAGCAUGUGCACAGGCAGUGUGUCAGAGACUCUUUGAAUAUAUUGCGCUGGAGAUACUGCCAUUUCAGGAGUUGAAAAAAACGAAAAUUGAGAUGGAGAAGCAUAAGAAAUUAAGUCUUGUUGAUUUCUACCGUCAUCCAAAUGACUACAUCUCACAAGAUUCCCAUGAUCUCUUCUUGGAAAGCAUUCACAAGUACUUAUUGGACAACCUUUCUGUUGACCACAUGGAUGAUAUUGACAUCCAGGAUUGUCUCGAGAUUGCAUUUGAUCGUCUAGAUAAGGAUCUUUCUUCUGAGGCUAAAAAGACAACAGAUUCCUAUCUCAAUGAAGAAGCUUUGCACAUAGCCAUUUCUGGUGCUUGCGCUUGUGUUGCAUAUGUACGCAACUCUGAGCUAUAUGUAGCAAACACUGGUGAUUGCAGAGCUGUGCUUGGCCAGAUACAGAACGGUACAUGGUCAGCAGUAGCUCUGUCUGAGGAUCACGUCCAACAGAAUCAGAAGGAAGUGAAACGUUUGAAAGCAGCCCAUCCGGCAAGCGAGGACAUAUCAGUUCUGAAAAAUGGACGACUUCUUGGAGAACUGAUGCCAUUGAGAGCUUUUGGUGACGUUCGCUUCAAAUGGACAGAAACAGAACAGCGAACAAUAAUAAGCGAACUCAAUCCUGGUCAUGUUAUACCGAAAUAUUACAAGACCCCACCGUAUUUGAUAGCUACUCCUGAUAUUUGCAUGCAUACAAUUACCAAAUCAGAUAGAUUCUUAAUUCUGGCAUCUGAUGGACUCUGGGAAAUGAUUAGCCCCGAAAAGUGUGUUAAACUUGUUGGAGAUUUUUUACAGCCACAGAAAAUGGAUGACAUCGAAGGCCUCUCACUUCUACAAAUUCAGACGCGAUUAAAACAACACAAGGAGACGUUGAUACCUGUGGAUGACAAUGUAGCCACACAUCUUAUUCGCUAUGCUCUGUGUGGAAGUGGAAACAAAUUUAAGCAUGAUAAACUUUCUACCUCUUUGACAUUACCGAAGGAAAUUUCACGAUCUUAUCGUGAUGAUAUAACAGUCACUGUAGUGUUUUUCUAAACCCUUUUGGAAUUGCUAAUGAAAUGGUAAUCAAUGCAAUUGGCCAUUUUUGUUUUGGUUCAUUAUUAAAUUUAUUUGUUUCCUCUUGAGAAUAACAUUUGAUUUUUAAUUGUAUUCUAUUGGUCUUCUGCAAUAUUUUAAAAUCUUAUAAUCAAAGAGUAAGACUAGUUCAGUUAAUCAGUCUGAUCAUGGAGGUAUCUGAAUAGGUCAUCCAGUUAGGUGAAGUUAUCCACUCAUCCGACUAGUUCAAGUCAGUUUGAUUAGUUCAUUUAGUUAUUCCGACUUGUUCAUUUCUUCAGUUUGACAAGUUUAUCUUCUCAAUCUGACAAUUUCAUUUGGUCAGCCCCAACUAGUUAAAUAUCCAGUCAAUUAUUUAUGAGAGCAGUUGACUUGUUCAUCUGGUCAGUCAGACUAGUUUAUACAGUCUGUACCACUAGUUAAUCUAAUCAUUCCCACUAACACAUCCAGUAAGUCAAGAUAUAAACAGAGCAGUCUGACUACCGUAGUUCAUCUGGUCAGUAAGACCAAUUUAUCCAGUCUGUACCACUAGUUAAUCUAGUCAGUCUGACUAACACUCACAUCCAGUCACUCAAAAUAGUUAACAGAGCAGUCUGACUAGUUCAUUUUGUCAAUCAGACCAGUUUAUCCAGUCAGUACCACUUGUUCAUCUGGUCAGUCUAAUUAUAGUCUCAGGUCAGUCCGAUUACCUCAUCUAGUCAGUCCAGUUAGCACAUCCAGUAGCCUGUUAGUUAGGUCCUCCAUGGUUAGGUUGACAUGUCAUCCUCUGACUAGCUCAUCCAUUCCAUUUGUUUUUCUUUAGAAUUAGAAAUUGAUGUAAUUGAGUAUGAAUAUUGGAUUUAUUGAGAACUUGCAUGAAAUGUUAAAAGUAACUACAGUACUACUGUACUCUAAGCAAUGCCAUGAUAUGUUUUAUUUUUGUUUAUUAUGUUUUUGUUUGGCGCCUAGGUGUUAUUAAUAUUAGGUGCUAUAUAAAUAUUGAUUAUUAUUAUUAAGCAGUCUUACUGCAUUCUGGUGUCUUUCUACAAUGUAUACAGUAUUGAACUAUAUGCUGAAUUGGUACAUUCUUUACAAUGCAGGUCUUAACAGAUUAGUCUUUAAACUGUAGAACAUUAAAAGCCUAUAACAAAAUCAGAACUAAAACACAGAUUUUUAAUAAGUUAAAAAAACAUCUGAAAAAACCUUGAAACAUCAAUUUAAAAACAUUGAAUUACCUAUUUGAAAUGAUUAAAUAAGUUAUACACUUCCUGUUAAAAAAAAUCAAAUCAAAUAAAGU